AAUCCCAUUUAUCCAAAAGAAGACAGAAAUACUUAUUUAGAUGAGAAACUUUUCGGUCGAGGUUCUUCUGAUGAUAAGGGUCCAGUGCUCUGUUGGGCUCAUGCCAUAGAAAUGCUACAAAAGCACAAGAUGGAAAUACCUGUCAAUGUUAAGUUCUGUUUUGAAGGGAUGGAGGAGAGCGGCUCAGUAGGCCUGCCUGAACUCCUAGAACGUAGCAAAAAUACAUUCUUGGCUGAUGUAGAUUUCGUUUGCAUUUCCGACAGCUAUUGGUUGGGAACAACAAAGCCAUGCCUUACGCAUGGACUUAGAGGGAUUACGUCCUUCAAGAUUGAGGUCACUGGUAUUCAACAAGAUCUCCAUUCUGGAGUGUAUGGAGGAGUUGUGUGA